AUGGAAGUCAAAAAUCAGAUCAAUGGUAGAGAAGAAGAGAUCAAGAACAAGAUGAAGAAGAAAAGAUCACGUGGCAUGCACGUAAUCGGCGUAGUUUUGUACAUGCUUCGCCGUCGUAGGAGGACAAAGCCGUUUAAAAAUGGGUUUUGGCGGCGAGUUGUUGAGUCCUUUCAGCAGUUGAAAAACGAUAAGAUUACCAUGCAUCCACCGUCUAAUAUUACGAUUAUGCCACCGGCUUCUCCGGUGAAGGAGAAACCUCCAGCGAGUAAUGACGAUCGGUUAGCAGAGAUGGUAGAGGUUUUCACGGCGACGUCUUCUUCUUGCUCUUCGGGAAUCUCUGGAUAUGGAUCGGCAAAGUCGUUGCGUGAUAUGGAUUGUCUUGAUGAAGAUGAUGAUGAUGAUGAUGAUGAUGAGGAUUGCUACCGUGACGUUGAUGGAGGUGAUGAGAUGAUUGACGUGAAAGCGGAGGAGUUUAUUGAGAGAUUUUACGAGCAAAUGAGGAUGCAAAAUCAGGCUUAUACAGGACGUUGCAAAGCCAAAGGGACGAUGACGGUCUAGCGAUGAAGCAUAUAAUAUGACAUGAACGUAUGGUUUAUACAUGCAUAGAGAUGUGCAUGUUUAUC